AACAGUCGCUCACGAUCGAACGCGAGAAACAAACAAAAACACAGGUCCGCCGGGGGCCUCGCAAUGCGCAAUGGAGCAGAUUGAUGCGCAGGUCAGCGACUUGCGCUACUUGACCCAAGCAGCCGCCCCUUUGCCGCCUGACCGCGCUGCCACUGCCGCCGCUUAUUCUCCACACAAUCACUCUGUCCAUUCCCCCCUUUCCGCGACCUCCGGAGACAAUUCCGCACAACGACCAGGGGCCUCCAGAGGUGCAACUCAAGUCGGAACACCUGGCUCAAGCUCCGUCACUGGUUCCAAGAGGAAGUCAGAGGAUGAGAGCAAUGCUGCUAAGCAGCAGAGAAGCAAGAGGAAUCGGUACAUAUCCAUUGCCUGGUAAGGAUACCUCCGUCCCGGCUAUGUCGUCGGCAUGCGUCCGGCCAAAUACCAUUGCGAC